AUGUUCGCUCUACAUCUUGAGGUUGGCAUCGCACUCUGCUGUUGCGCUGUGAUAAGCACGAUUACAUUUUUGCUGCAAACUCGUCCAAAAGAAGGGCAGAUUCAACUACUAUCGGAUGAUGACGACGAUGUACUUGGCGGCAGUGUGGAGACCACCGAUCCAUUUCAUGUUACGGGUCCGGAGGAGGUGAUUGACGGCUAUCCCGUGGAUGAGAAGCGCUUUUGGGCCAAGAUCCGAUUGCGAAAACUUGCGCUGUCAUGGACUGCGGCAGCUUUGUUGGCUGUACAGACUGGCGUAUUUGUAUGGUCCCUUACUACCCACAAAAACAGUAGAGACGUGGCAUCGGGUGCCCUCCAUGUUGCAUUUUCAGUGCAUACAUUUAUUUUGACGGUCGCAAGCAUCAAGCUUUCCGACCAGUAUUGGCAUCGUCGCAUCACUGUUCAUCUUGCCCUUCUCUCCACAACGGCUUUCGUGCUGUUCAUGACGGCAACAAUAUUACUUCCUCAACUUGCUUGGGAACGGCCUCGACGAAUCGGAUGGUAUAUCGCACUCACACUCUGGCUGAUAAUGUUUUGGCUGUCUGUGCGUAUGAAACGUGGCCCUGCAAUGCACUUCUCGCCUGAACUCGUUUAUCCAAACAAGAUUAUCAAACAUGCUGACGAGCCUGGGGAGGUUAUGGACAAAAACGUUUGCGAUGAUGUGAAUUCAUCGUCGUGGGAAGCUAUUCUCUUUUCAUACACGACCCGGAUUGUCAAGCUUGGUUACUUGUCUCAGAACCUGGAAAUUGGGGACCUCCCACUCUUGUCAGCAGACAUGCGUGCUGCUACAAUUUUUGCACAAAUGAAGGCUGUCUGCCGUCGUUAUCGCAUUCGGACGGCUCGUCCAGGAUCCGGCUGGCAGCUAGCGUAUCAGUUAUUACGAGCCAAUACAAGAAAGCUCUCGUACUUGAUCUCACUGAUACUCGUCGUAUCGGUUCUGUUUUACGGGCCCAUGUUCUUCCUUGAACGUCUUGUUGCCUAUUUGGAAACCGACACUUCGCGUCAAGAUCCCCAGCAGGGUUGGGUUUAUUGUGCUGGUCUGUUCGCAUCGAGUGUUUUAUUGGCCUUGGUGACCGAAAGACUGUGGUCAUUAGCGUUGACGGACCUUCAGAUAAAAAUCCGUAUCCAAUUGAACUCUCUGCUCUUCGCGAAAACCCUUCGCCGUAAAGAUGUUGUGUCCACGGGAAUAGGUUUGGACAAGGAGUUAGAUGCGAGUUUUAAACGCAACACGUCUGGCGCAGGAGAAGAGUUUUCCAGCAAGGUACAAAUUAUGAACCUCAUGACUAUUGACGUUGACCGGGUUGCGGAGUUCGUGUGGCACUUCUAUACAUUAAUUGAUGGGCCGAUUGAAAUCGCAGUCGGGACGGCAUUCCUUUAUCAGCUCAUGGGCGUUUCUUGUUUCUUCGGGUUGGCAGUCACCUGCUUAUUCUUACCAAUGAAUAAUUAUACGGGAAAAUUCGUCGUACGCAUUCAGGAGAAUCUGAUGAGAACGCGUGAUGAACGGGUCUCACUGAUGAAUGAAGCACUCGGAGCAAUUAGGAUGCUGAAGUUCAUGGCUUGGGAACGUAGCUUUGAAGCUCGGAUACUGAAAAUACGCGAACGCGAGUUGAAGUAUCAGCAGCUAAACUACAUUCUUCAGAUGAUAUUCGUCAGUAUAUGGAACUUGUCGCCUUUAUUAGUGACUCUCGUGUCAUUCUGGCACUUCGCUGUCGUGCGACAACAACCGCUUACUCCGUCUGUUGCUUUCACUUCGAUUGCUAUUUUCUCCAAGCUUAAAUUUGCCCUAAAUGCAAUACCUGGAACUAUGGUCAAAACAUUACAAAGCUUCGUUUCCAUCCGACGCAUCGAGGAAUACUUGAGCUCUUCAGAAGUGGGUCACGUUGAUCCCCUUGAUGGUCUACAAUGCCCUAUAGCGUUCCGAUCGGCAAUAGUCACCUGGCCUCAAGAAAGAGUAGACCAGUCAAGCGCAGCACUAUCAGCAUUCAGUACACCUCGCCGAAUAUUUACACUCAUAGACAUAACGCUGGACUUUCCCGUCGGUGAGAUGUCGCUCAUCUGUGGCAAACUGGGCUCCGGAAAGACACUUCUUCUGCAAGCCCUUUUGGGUGAGGCGGAUGUUCUUGUGGGAAGAGUCAGCUGUCCUCGAUCGCCUCCGAAUACGAUAGGCUCAUUUUCUGGCAUCAUCCCUCCUCCAGAAAAUUGGAUAGUCAAUGGGACUUGUGCAUAUGUAUCGCAGACAACUUGGCUACAAAACGCGACUAUCAGAGAAAACAUACUUUUCAAUCUUCCAUUCGUUGAGGAAAGAUAUCGGAAGGCAGUGGAGGCCUGUGCUUUGAUCGAAGACUUUGCGAUUCUUGAAGACGGAGACGAAUCGGAGAUAGGUGAACGAGGUAUUACUCUAUCUGGAGGACAGAAAGCACGAGUUUCCCUUGCUCGUGCCAUAUAUUCGCGGGCAUCCGUCCUGGUCCUUGACGAUGUUCUCUCAGCAGUGGAUUCUCACACGGCGUUACAUUUGUACUACAAAUGUCUCAAAGGAGAGCUUGCACACGGCAGAACGAUUAUUCUUGCAUCCCAUCAUAUUCAGCUGUGCGCGCCUGGUGCGAAAUACGUUGUUGCACUUGACAAUGGUCGGAUUUCGUUUGCUGGAACCCCAGAAGAGUUUCAACAGUCGGGGGUAGCUGCAGGCUUGCUUCAGUCGGAGCAAUCUGAAAAUAAAGAGGGGAAUAGAAAAAGGAGCGAGCGGAGGACGAGCUCUGUGGGACCUUCAACGCCUAUGGCUGAUGGCAAGGACUUAGCGGUCGGCGCGACUGCUCAUACCAAAGUCUCUGCUUCGGAGGACGUAGAUACAGGGUCGGCAGAAAAGAAGGGACCUCGCAAGUUAGUAGAAGACGAGAAGCGUGCGGUUGGGCAUAUUGGCAAAGAAGUCUGGAAAGCGUAUUUCUGUUCCAUUGGAAAUUGGUCAUAUUGGAUUAUCUUUAUUCUUUCAUUCCUUCUUGCUGCCGCCAGUCCGAUAGCGGAAAACGGCUGGCUGAGCCAUUGGUCAGGUCUAGUGGAGAAGCAUCAGGAUUUUAAAGAUCCAAUGCACUAUAUUUCAAUUUAUGCUCUACUGGUGGACUUGACGUCAUUGCAAGGAUUGGUCUUUGCAACACUUCGAUGGUUCGUGCUAUACAGAGGAUCGAUCUUUGCAUCCAGGGCUCUGUACAAGAAACUUCUUGAGACAGUGUUGUUUGCGUCACUACGGUUUCAUGAUACUGUCUCUCGCGGUCGACUGCUCAACAGGUUUGAAAAAGACAUGGAAGUAAUUGACAGCUCGCUUCCUGACGACUUUGGAAAUACUCUUAUCUUUUUCACUACUGCCUGCGCAGCAAUCGCCACAAUAACCUAUGUCGGCGGACCGAGAUUCUUUGCCGCUACAUUAAUUCUUGGUGUCUUUUAUUACAAUGUUGCAAAGGUCUACGGGAAAUGUUGUCGUGAUUUGAGGAGACUUGACUCAGUCUCUCGCUCGCCAUUGUAUUCUAUCUAUAGUGAGACUAUAUCCGGCGUUCCGGUGUUACGUGCCUUUGGUGCUGGAUCCAAAUUCAUGCAUGACAUGCUUAACUGUGUGAACGCAAACGCCAAUCCAUACUUCUGGCUCUGGAAAGUAAACCGCUGGGUUUCUACACGCGUCAACCUUCUCAGCAGCGUUCUUGCGGGCGUGACCGGUGUCAUUGCUCUUGUGGACCCUUCCAUUGAUGCGAGCCUUGCAGGAUUUACCCUAGUGUUUGCCACGAAAGUUACACAGGAUUUGCAACGUUUCGUUCAGCUCGAGCAAUCCAUGGUUGCUGUGGAGCGAGUGAAAGAGUAUUCCGAUUUGCCCAAGGAGGGACCCGAAUUUAUAGCGCCUCGGCCUCCUGAGUCUUGGCCCUCAAAAGGGUCCGUGGACUGCAGAAACUUAGUGAUUCGAUAUGCGCCCGAUCUUCCUGCCGUCCUACAUAACCUAACCUUUAAGGUGCAUGCAGGCGAAAAAGUCGGCAUCCUUGGCCGCACAGGGAGUGGAAAGAGUACAUUAGCUCUGUCUUUCUUCCGUUUUGUGGAAGCAAGUGGAGGACGAAUUCUUGUGGAUGGAGUUGAUAUCGCAAAGAUUGGGUUGACAGAUCUUAGGAGCAAGUUGACUAUCAUCCCUCAGGAUCCAAUCAUUCUCAGUGGCACAUUACGCUCUACGCUGGAUGUUUUCGACGAAUAUAUGGAUGCAGAGAUUUUUGAAGCUUUGCGUCGCGUGCACUUAGUUCCGUCGACGCGCGAAACAGUGCUUCACGAGAUCAACGAGAAUAUCUUUUGCAACUUGGACACACCUGUAUCAGAAGGUGGAGAGAACUUCUCUGCUGGACAAAAGCAGUUAUUGUGUUUGGCGCGUGCAAUUCUUAAGCGCUCAAAACUACUCAUCAUGGACGAGGCUACGGCUAGCGUCGAUUAUGCUACCGACCGGCUUAUUGGGAGAACCAUAAGACAAGAGUUUGCCGACUCGACCAUGUUAACCAUUGCACAUCGGUUACGGACUGUUAUUGAUUACAGCCGCGUAAUGAUCCUAGAUCAAGGCCGCAUUGUGGAAUAUGAUCGUCCUGGAACCCUUUUAUCUGAUCCUUCGUCAUACUUCUAUUCUUUGUGCGAAGCAGAGGGCGAAGAGGAGUUUAACAUGUUGAAGAAGAUUGCCGGAGUCAUCUGA